AUGCAAUUGCCUUCAAUAAUUGCAAGCAAUUGGAAUGUGGGCCUUCGGCAGAUGAAUAUGAUGGACCACAGGGGCAACCAAGAGCUGGAUGUGGUGUUUGGGAUCAUAGUGGAGAGGAAGCGGAGACUGAUUAGUAGGCUUAAAGGUAUACAAAGGGCAAUAAAGAAUAAAAGUACCAAAAACUUGAGGAAAUUAGAACCGGAGCUUCAGUUAGAGUUGGAGAAGUUGCUUAAUUUGGAGGAAUUGCUAUGGAAACAACGAUCAAGAAGUGAAUGGAUUAUGGAUGGAGACCGUAAUGCUAAGUAUUUUCAUAAUCAUGCGCGAGCAAAGCAGGAGCACAUUAGAAUCAAGGGGUUAAGUGUAGCAAAUGGUGAAUGGUUCUAUGAUACUGAAAUCCUUAAGGUGGAGGCGGUUGCAUAUUAUCAAUGCAUAUACUCGACUGAAAUUGAUGAGUUGGAACCACUACCUGACUAUGGUCUUUUCAAGGGGUUAUCUGCUAAUGUGAAACAAACACUCCUGUCUAGGGUUAAUAAAGAGGAAUUAAAUGGUGCUUUGGAUUCGAUGGCACCGUUGAAAGCUCUGGGGAUUAACGGGAUUCAUGCCAAAUUCUUUUAA